AUGACUCAAAAGAAGAGAGUGGCCAUUGUAGGAGCUGGAGCGUCUGGUCUGCCAUCUAUUAGGCAUGCUCUUCUCUACGACGUGGACGUUACAUGCUUCGAGGCAUCCUCACAUGUCGGCGGUCUCUGGAGAUAUACAGAAGAAGAGACAGAAUAUUCGUGUGUGAUGAAGACAACCGUAAUCAACACCUCAAAAGAGAUGACGGCUUAUUCGGACUUCCCUCCAGAACCAACCGUAGCAAAUUUUAUGCACAACACCGAAAUGCACAGAUAUCUUGUAUCAUACGCUGAUCAUUUUGCCCUCAAGAAAUACAUCAAAUUCAAUCACAAAGUGCUAAACAUAGAACGUUCCAAUGACUAUGAAAUGUCUGGACAAUGGAUUGUUACCUACGAAGAUCAGUCUGGAACGAAAAAGUCGGAUGUGUUCGACGCUGUGCUCUUGUGCUGUGGACAUCAUGCCGUACCACGUAUGCCAACGCCCUGGCCUGGCCAAAACACUUUCAAAGGGCGCAUUAUCCACUCGCACAGUUAUAGAAGUCAUGUUGGAUACGAAGAUAAAGUGGUCGUAGUCAUCGGCGCUGGCAACUCUGGGGGUGAUCUAGCCGUCGAACUGAGCAGAAUAGCCAAACAGGUUUAUUUAGUGACUCGAAGAGGGACGUGGGUGUGUAAUCGCAUAUUCGACUAUGGUGAACCAUUCGAUUUAGCGCUAAACAGGUGA